AUGUUGUUUUUGCUUUUGGCUAGGCUGGGUGUGAUCCAUUUCGAUGUGGAUGUAGCCGGCGAGAGUACGGGGCCCUUCGCUCAGAAGGGUUUGAGAAGAAAGUGGCCUCUGGACGCGGACAAGCUGCGCGGCCAGAUCCAUGGGUGCAUCAUGGCCACAGGAGGGCAGAGCAAGAGUGACCUUGGCGAGGCCACGGUGCCCGCCGAGGGCUGGGCUGUUUUCUGUCACGAAGGCGGUCGUGAAAAAGACACAUUGAAGGAGAUUCGCAAGGUCUUCAAGUUGCAAAGCAGCCGCAGGGAGGAGUUGGACUGCUUCGAGAAGAAGACGAACCUGGCGUGGAACGAGGACAGUGUGCGCAAGCGUAAAGCCAGGAUCCGCAACAGCGAUGCGUACUCGCAGUGGAGCAUGGUGUUGUGGUACACGCCUAAGGUCCUGGUCCCGGACAUGAUCCCUGAAAAGAAACGCAGCGUCUACGCGGGCUACAACACAGGAGACGUGGUGGGGUGGGUGUCCGCACUGCCGGCGAGUGCCCUGUGGACGGCGCCAACUAGGGAAGAGAAAGAGAAAGUCCUGGGCGACUACAAGCUGACGCUGACAGCCUCCGAGACGCGCGCGGCAGAGCUUGAGAAGGCAGAGGACAGCACCGAAAGCAUUUUCAGCGGUGCUCGCUUGCCACAGCAGUUCUACGAGGAUCUGGCAAAGUCUCACAACGUCGCAGCCCUGAUCAACUUGACGGCAGCCCAAGGCGAGUUGGAGCAGGCCAUGUUGGACCUACGAAUUCCCACAUUGAGUUUUGGCUGCUCCGAAAAGCACAUUACAGCGCUGGAAGAACGCCUGAGCAACUACGUUCUCGAGAAGUUCAGCGAAGUUGGGCACCCCUUUUACAGGGAAGAAGCCAGCAAAACACUGGGGAAACAGGAGACACAGAACGAGAGCGGUGGUGGUAACCCGCCCAAGAAGCCCAAAACUCCCAAGAAUCCCCCCAAGAAUCCCAAGAAGAGUGGCACCAAGCGCAAAAAGGAGGGUUCAGAGGAGGAGUCGGGGCAUGAGUCCGAGAGCAAGGGCAGCUCGGAGAGCAAGAAGAACAAAAAGAAGGACAAGAAGACCAGCUCCAAGAAAAAGAAGGAGGAAAAGUCCGAGGACGCCGCGUCGAAUGAGUCGCCGUGGUGA